AUGAGAACUGUCGUCGUGUUAUUCCUAAUUUUCACCGGCGUUGUUUCCAAUCCGGUACCCGGCUAUGGGCGACCACUUGGAAUUGGAAGCGGUGGUGGAUUCCCUGGAGGUGGAGGAGGAUAUGGAUACCCAGGAGGAGGAGGAAUAGGUGGAUUCCCCGGUGGAGGUGUAGGUGGAUUUCCCGGAGGCGGUAUCGGUGGCUUCCCUGGUGGUGGUGGAAGUGGCUUUGGAUCAUCAUCCUCUAUAUCACAGUCAUCGUCGUUUCAAAGUCAAUCACAGAACGGAUUCGCAGGUGGAGGCUUUGGACGACGACGUUGA